CAUUUGAAGUGGUCAAUCAAAACAGUAGGUUUUAUUUAUAUUUUGCAGAAGAUACAGAAGAAGCCUUUACAGUAGUAAACAAACAUAAUAAGAAACCCCUCUAGUUUCAAGUAAAGAGCCCUUGGUGUCUAGUGCACUAUGUAGUGAUGCUGCCUUCUGCUGGAGCCGCACUGCUCCACCGGCCCGUGCAGAGAUGGCGAGGAAACCCCGUGGACACGGCACUGCUUUUUCAUGACGGUGAGUUUCCCCUUUGAGUGUAUUAUAAUUUUGUGAUAAAAAUUUCAAGGAAAAAACACACACAACCUCCUUCCUCCCCUUCCUUCGGGGAGGGAAGAGCAAGCGUGGAGAGAGAAAAAUCUAUCUGAGACUGAGCAGCAAGGACAGUGAGGGAAAAAUAUAUGAGUGGGAGAGAGGGAGACAGAAGAAGAAGGAGGAGGAGGAGGAGGAGGAGGGGGAGCAAAUUAAAAGUUGCCAAAUGGAGAUAUUGGGUUUCAAGAGGAGUGAGACAGGAGUGUCAUGGAUGAUGAAGACGACCGCCGUCUUCUGGAUUUUUUAGGAGAUGUGCAAGCAUUGAAUGAGUAUCUGCAUGGUUCAAAUAGUAAAUCUAUUGGAGAAGAUGAUGUGACAAAUGCAGCAUUUGGGUCGGCCAGCUCAUUCUUCACCAGUGACACCAGUGGCUCCAAUGAAGAACUCAAAGAUGGCCACAAUCAUUUGGGAGAGUUUGGGGAGGCUGGUGGAGCUGAGCUUCAGCUCUCAAGCAGUCUUCCGUUCAUUGAGGAUGAGCUCGACGGUGGAACCUCUCCAGAUGGGGUCGAUCUCAGUGGCGAGGACCAACCGUUUGACAUCCUCCAGAAGUCAUUGCUGGAAGCAGAUAUCACAGAGCAGACAUUGGCUCAAGAAGCCCUUUUGGACUCCCAGCCAUCUCUCACUUCUACAGCUACCGCCUUCCCUCAGCAGCUGGUCUCUGGAGGGUUUGGAGGUGUCUCGGGUCCUGGUGUGGUGGCACCAUUGGCACAACCUCAGGCUUUUAUCCAGCAGGUUCCCCAACUACCCUUGCCAAAUGGCCCCUCUGGACAUAUCCAGGUAGUGGGAUCCUUUAGUGGCAGUGCCUCCUCUAUGAUGACUAUCAACAGUUUGGAACAGCCUCAGAUCCUGUUGAGGCAGAGCGGAAAUGUAGUUACAAACAACAGCGGGCAGGGUACCAUGUUCACCCCUUCCGCAGCUGGUCAGGUGUCAAUGUCUUUCAAUAAAGGAACGAUACCACUUCAAAAUAUUAUCAUCCAGAGAGGCCCUACGCAACAGGCAUUGGUUAGACCGAUUCAGCCUAAACCCUUACAGGCAGGAGGACAAACUGUAUACAAUAUCAGCAACAUCGGGCUUCAACCUAGCACCAACACUGCUGCGAAUUUAGUCAGUAGCCCCUACACAACAACUGGCUCUCCUCAGUCCGCUCAACAGGUGAAGGUGGUCAAUCCACCCGGCAGCAUUGUAAUGCAUUCACCGCUGGGGCAACAAGUACAACCACAGUCCCAGUCCAAUCUGCCUCAGGGGCAGUUUUUGCUACCCAGUUCUAUUUCCCUAACCCCUGGUACGACUGUUCACAGCUUCCAGACUGUGAAUGGGCAGGUGUUACAAACAAACACUCAAGUGGGUGACCCGGGGUCAAUAAGCACUACCACCUACUCCAUCCUCACCAAUCAGAACACAACAGUACAGCUUAUCGCUGGGCAGAACUUUUCAGCUGGAGGGCAGCUAAUAGUCAAUCAAGGUUUGGUCAGUGGAGGUCAAAUAGGCCAAGCUUCACCCACACCUGUUAUGGAGGUGUCUCAAAGGCCUGGUGCCACGACCAAAGUUUGGAAUGCCAGCGCGUCGCCUAGCCCAUCGCCUCUACAGGCGUCACAGACUUCAAGCCACCUCACCAUGGUCAGUUCUGGUGUUCAAGGCCCACAGGUUUGUCAGCAGUUAUCUGUGAGUCCAGGACAGCACCUCCAGCACCUUAUGCCUGUGGGCCAGAACGCUCCAACUACUUCAGGCGUUCCGGAGUUUCAAGUCUCUCUAAACCAGAACACCACAGCAGCAACUCAAAGAGGGCAAACACAAUUAGUUAAUCUCCUUGGUACCAAAGCUGUGAAAACACUCACUCCUGCCAGUCAGGAAUUGCCUCUCACACCGAAGCGACCUGCAACUCAGCAACUUACUAGAGGAGGAAUGGUCCUCCAGCAGUUAAGACAGGAUCACUGUAGAGUCAUGUCUUCAGAGCGGACACCCUUCACUUCAUUAAAUGAUGGCAUUUACAGAUUACUGCCCUAUCAUGUUUUCCAAGGCUCACUACCACAAGAUGAAGAUUUCGCCAAAAUUGAUGACGAGUUUGAGGCAGUUGCCACACAAGUGCUAAACAGAACGCAGGCCAUGGUGAACAAAUACAGACGCUUACUCAUGGUGGAAGCAGAGAGGUCUAGCCCUUCAUCAGAAAUGGUGAUGAUUGACAGGACUUUUAACCAAGAGGAACGGGGCAACUUGACCCAAGACAAACGAAUGAUAUUAGUGGAUCCAGAUGGCUUCCUGGAAGACUUCUGCUGUGGCCGUAAACUAAGGAUCCCAAGUCCCGAAGUCUUGACCCCUGUCACCAAUGAGGGCAAUCCCAGCACAAUGGAAACAUCUCCAAGGCAUUCCAUAAGUGUCACUGUAAAAGAUGAGCAGGGUAUGAACAGCCACACAGAACCUGCUUAUAGGACAGAAUCUCAACAACAAGGAAUGGAAGAACACAGAAGAACCCCCAUCAAGUGCAUCGUGGACUUAAAAAAAAAGACAUCCAGCACCGUAAUGAGCAGCAACAGUCAACAUGCUCACUACCCUACAUCUCCCAGCCAAUCAAAGCAUAGCUCUGCCCAAGGCUACCCUUCGAGCCUGGGACGGGGCCAUGAAGAACAACUUCCCUCAGAUCAUAAUCACACUUCAUUGGCUGACACAGACUCUGUGCUUGAGGCUGCUGUGAAUAGCAUCUUAGAAUGUUAGACAGUGCCAUAUUUAUGUUUGUUAGUUGUUCCAUGUUAAUCUCAUUUCAUUUCAUGCCAUGUGUGUGCGAGCUGAACUCCACGGCAUGUGUGAAUGGACGUACGUUGGCAUUAUCACGGUUUGAAAUGCACACAGCAGCUCUGACUAGGUUGAGGAACAGGAAGGUGAAUCUAAUGAUAGUAAUACUCUAAUACUGUGCCUGUUUUUCUAGAGAAGUUUACAUAAGAAAGCCUUUUUGACAAUGCUUUACAGGAUACACUUGCAAUCA